AGAGCUCCGUGGUGACGUCACUGCUCCACAUUGAGCCAGUAGUAGAGAGUCAGUGGAGAUAGAUAGAGGAGCGCCGUAGUAAAGUACACACCGACAUGAACUUCUCCCUCUAAAACUUCAACGUUGUUGCUGUAAAAGUCGGGAGAAGACGCGUUUGUGUUUUUUUUCGACGAACGGAACUUGCUCUUUAUUGGCUUUUAAAGGGAGCUGGGAGGAAAGCGGGAGAAGAAGACACAUUUUGGGUUUCUUUUCGGGGGGUCGACGACGAGCGCUAUGUCGUCCGCGGCGGUCGCUGCUUCUUCCAGGAGGCAGUCGUGUUAUUUAUGCGACUUGCCCCGCAUGCCGUGGGCCAUGAUCUGGGAUUUUACCGAGCCCGUCUGCAGGGGAUGUGUCAACUACGAAGGAGCAGACCGCAUUGAGUUUGUCAUCGAGACGGCCCGGCAGCUCAAGAGGGCUCACGGGUUUCAGGAGGGCAGGUCUCCCGGGCCGGGGAAGUCGCAGCUCUCCGGGAAGGAGAUCCAGGCGAUCAACCACGCUGCGGCGGGAGACCCGGGCUCCCGGCCGCCGCAGCCGCUGGACCGCUACCCGCUCCCCUCCGACCGCCCGCCCAGGCUGGGUCCAGAGUACCAGUCUGGCAGGCAGGCGAACGGCAUCCCCGUCCCCAAUGGAUUUCCUAAGCCUGACGAGCCGCCAGAGCUGAACCGCCAGAGCCCCAACCCGCGCAGGAAUAGCACGGUUCCCCCAAAUCUAGUGCCUUUGGUUAACGGGAACAUGCCCCCGGUGCACGCAGUCAACGGUAGACCGGGCCAGAUGGGGCUUCCCUCCGCACUGGCGGGCGGUAGUCCCGCCGACAUGGGCAAGAGACCCGCCUCGGUCUCCAGCACCGAGCACGACAGAGAGGUGAAGGAGAAGCACAGACCGGACAGCCUCACGCCGGAGAUCUCCGAGAGCCACAAAAACAGGGCAGACCCGGACUGGAUGGGCAAGGGCAAAACGGUGAGGGACCUGAUGGCUCUGCACACGUUCGACAACAGGUUCAAGAAGGACCAUGCGGCCAUGCAACAAAGGGUUAUGGGCUAUGAGGCCAGCGCCACGGCUUCCAAGUCAGACAGAGGAAAACACCCCCGGAGCAUGAAGAGAAAAGCAUCGCCUGAACCAGAGGGAGAGGGGACAGCUGCCAAGCUCAAUGGAGAAGGACAGCCGUGGUUACCACCACCUACUGACGGACUGAAAAUGCCUCCAGUUCCCCCACCAAGCUUCGCCUCUCCCCCCUCCACAAUAUCCCCCCACUCCCGCACCACCCCACCUGAGGCAGCCCAGAAUGGCCAGUCCCCUAUGGCGGCGCUCAUCAUGGCGGCAGACAAUGCAGGUGGGAACAGCUCUCCCAAGGACGCCAACCAAGUCCACUCCACCACCCGGAGGAACAGCAGCAGUCCCCUGUCACCAUCCUCCAUGAAUCAGAGGAGGCUGGCGCAGAGAGAUGCAUCUGGUGCAGGCACACCCCACGUGCCAGGCAUGGACCAAGUGCACCCCCAAAGCAUUCCGGACUCCUCGGUACCCGGCAGCAUACCCCUGUGCUGCACGCUGUGCCACGAGCGUUUGGAGGACACACACUUUGUUCAGUGCCCGUCUGUGCCCUCUCACAAGUUCUGCUUCCCGUGCUCGAGGGAAAGCAUAAAGCAGCAAGGUGCCACGGGUGAAGUGUACUGUCCAAGUGGAGAGAAAUGUCCCCUGGUUGGCUCGAAUGUACCAUGGGCUUUCAUGCAAGGAGAAAUCGCCACCAUCCUUGCAGGAGAUGUCAAAGUAAAAAAGGAGAGGGACCCUUGAUUUUGUUUGAACACUUCUUUGGGGAGGGGAAGCAAAAAUAUGAGUAUAAAUAUAUAAAUAUCACAUACAUACCAUUCAAACAAACUAACGGACUUGUACAUAUUGGACCCAAGGGAAGAGUAUACUUCGUAAACAUGGUUGUAUAAUUUUUGAUUUUUGAAUACAUUGUGUUUCUAUAUUUUUGAAGAUAAAGGUAUGUACUCAUUAUAAUGGACUACGUUCCUCUUUGUUGAUGUUUAACAAAAUUCUUGAUGUACUUCUAGGUCUGGUGGCAGUUCCUGUUUAACGUAGAAUGUGACUAAUGCUACUCUACGAGCACUUGGCAAAACUGAAAUGCUUUUAGCUGUACUUGUAUGCACUUGUUUAAAAAUUGCCAAAUACAAUUUCUGAUCUUGUAUGAA